UAUAAAAAAUGAGGUUACUUUUUUUUGUUGUAGGAGGGUCUUGUGCUGCAUGAGUAUGAAGAACAGAGGAGCUGGCACACUGAGUGGUGUUCCUUCUACAUCAACUGCUGCUGCAGCUUUACUAGAAAAUGAAAGUAAUAAGCCUAAGGAUGAAAUAAUUAAACUUUUUUUUGAUAGUACUGAUUCAGGAAUAUCACGUGGUAUAUAUCAAGAAGAAUGUGGUUGCAUGUCUAUUCGACCCCAAACCAGUAAUGAUGAUUCUAAUAGAGGUUUUGAUUCAAGCAAACCUCAAGGUUUUGCAGAACAUUUGAGUCUAAUCUUACGAAAAACUCCCACUAUUCUUGGACCAUCAAAACCAGAAUUCUGGCCUAAUUUUAUUUUAGGAUCACUUUAUACAAUACCUCAGUUUCCUAAUAUUAAAAAAGAUAUUUAUACUAAAGUUGAAAAAAUAGAUGUUUUAACACCCCAGGGCCAUAAUACGGUUAAUACCAAAAUUCUGAAAAUUUGCUUUAAACAAAAUGACCAUACGCUAGUAUUAAAAACGUUUAUUGCUGAAGACCAUAAAAUAAAUUCUAACAAAGGUUAUACUGAAAACGAUAUGAAAAAUUUUCGGAAAAAUCUGAUGUUGGAGGGUAGAUAUAGUCAGUCUGAACUAGACGCAAUGUCAACAAAACUGGGUAUAACACACAAUUAUCAAAUAGUAGAAAGUAUCUUUUAUAUAGCGACUGAUCAUUCACUCUCUGUAAAGGAAUUAUCGAAAACAAACAACAACUAUCAGCAUAAACCUCCUGGUUCUGGAGAGUUUCAGAAAAUAGAAUAUACUGACAUUGACUUAAAACAUCUAGAAGAUCUUGCGAGUAAUAAUAUAGAUAAUGUUAUGUUUGGCAUAAAGACAAUUUCCCAAGGAUUGUUGCAAGUGUACAAUUCAUUGAAAAUGCAAGACACAUCCAAGAAGGGUAAAUCCAAGUUUAAGAAAGAAAACAAAUUUGGUUUUGAAAUAAAAUCAGAGGCUGCAUUUCAGGGAUUCUUAUAUGGAAUUUUGUCUUUGAAUUUUAAAUAUCAUUAUUACUUAGAUAUUUAUGUAGAGCGUAUUGCUGGAAAAGGUUACGCUGAUUUAAUAUUACUCUCUCGUAAGGAUAACAGUCACAAUAAAAAUUGGAGAGCAAUUCCAAUAGUUAUAGAGUUUAAAGCAGAUGAAACCUCUUCUGCUAGUGCUAUUGAUCAGGCAAAGGGUACCGGUUACCUUUAUAAUCUUAGUAUGAGAACCAUAUCUGAUCAAGCUGUAAUUGUUGGGAUUAAUUCUAAGAUUGAUUCUGAUGAUGUUGAUAAAGCUAUCAAUAUUAAGAGAGAAAACAUACCACAGCCUGAAGGAUUAAUUAAUCCAUUGAUAAGAAAUAUGCAUGAUAGCACUAAAACUCAUGCAAAUAUUAGAAGCAAUAUUGAAAAGGAAUUAAAACAUUUGUAUUACUCUAUUUCCAACUUAGCAAUUAAAACUGAUGACAAUUAUCUCAGCAGAUUAAUUUUAGGAGAAUUUUUAUCAGAAGAUGGUGUAGAAAAGUUAUAUGUACAUAACGCAGGGAAUACAGUAACUACAUUUGUUUUUCAAGCGAAAAAUUCUAAUGGAUGGAUAAUGUUAAACUUAGUUGAAAGUAGCAAUAAUGGAAAAUUUCAAGAUGUAAAUCUUGAUAAAAUUAAAUUACCUAAUAAUGUGCAAAUUAAUAGUCUUACUAAAAUUGAUAUAAAAGUAAAUCAUAAUUCGAAAUUAGGAUGGUCACCAGAUGAAAGAAUAAGAACAGAUGAUAAAACUAAAGGUAAAGAUGAUAAAAAAUUAUAUUUUUUCCAAAAUAUAGAAGUGUUUGAUCAUCGUGAUGUAUCAAGGUUUAUAAAAAUUCAUGACUAUAAAAAACUAACUUCUACAUUAAGAAUAGCAAACUUUUUCUCUCGAGGUAACAUCAAUACCGAACUAGAGGAAUUAUCCAAAUCUCUAAUAUCUGUACAAGAUAUGGUCAAUAGUGAGAGUGAUUUUCAAGCUAUAUUACAUGGAACGUUUUUUGGUAAACAUGAUCAACUCAAAACCAUAAAAGUCCUACCAGAAGCAAAUCCAUCUAAAUCAGGUCGAAUUGAUCUUUUAAUAUGUCGACGUGAGUACAUGGGUUCUGAUGUACCACAAGAUGAGUAUAUUCUGAUUAUGGAACUGAAAUAUGCUAAAGAUAAAAAGGAUUCUGAAAAUAAGCUUAAUGACGCAAAUAAACAAAUACUUAAAUAUAUAAGUAAUUUAAAAUCUAUUACUGAUUCACGCGCGAUAAUCCCUAUUACACUUGUUUUUAAUAAAGCGGCAAACAUAGCUAAAGAUGUUAUAGAAUAUGAAGUACAUGCCAAUAAGGAUAUUUCGCAUACUUCUAAUCCACUAUCUAAUAGUCAAACACUGCAAGAGUUAGCAGAUUAUUUACAAAAAUCUCAUGAUGAUAUAUCUAGUUCUCAACUUGAUAAGCAAACAUUUGAUGAGAUAGAAAAGACUGUAAACGAGCUUGCUCAGAUAAUGGCUCAACCUGGUGCCAAAACAUUUUUUGAUAAAAUAAAUAAGACGCUACGCGAAAUAGCACUAUCUAACCUGGACACAAAUAACCAAAAUAGUGCCAAUUUUGCUGACAAAAAUAAAAUAAAUUUUCUCAAAAAGAGAUUAAAUGAUUUGCUAGAACUGGUCAAAAACACACAACAAUUUAAUCCAAUGACAGAUUCACAUAAUCAACCAUCUAAUAAAAAACAGAAAAUAGAUAAUCGAAGAACGAGAUCAUUAAAUUACAUAAAAGAAUAUCAAAACAUAUCUAAUAUGAAAAUUAGUAAUACAAGUUCAUUAGUAGAAGGUGAAUCUCAUAUUGUACUUAACCAAGAGAAAACAAUAGAUACAGAAAAUAGCUCCUUUAAUGUUGCAUCUUCAGGGGUCAGUAGUAGGUUGCAGUUCUGGCCUAUCAAUUUAAUGGAAAAUCUAGGCAUUCUAAUUUCAUCUAUAGUAUCUGUUAGUUGGAUAUCAGAUAUCAUGAACUACAAGCCCUCAGAAUCUUUAUCAUUAUUACAAGCAGAUCUACCAGUAAAACAGCAUCCAUCUCUUAACCAGUGUGAAACUGUACCAACAUUGCUAAAGAUGGGGGAUCAAUGGCUGAACAAUACUGAUAUGAAUGGUUUUCUGACCGUAGGUAUAUUGCUCGUGAGAAAAUGGACAGGAUGUAAACCACAAUCUUCUGAACUAUUAUCGGAUAAUCAGGCAAUAAGUAGACAACUGGAUAUUCAAUCAGCUACUUUAGUAGAUGCAUUUCAAAAAUUAGUGUUAAAACAUGCUCGAAGUUGCGGAAUUAGAUCAUGUAUAUCUGAUAACUUUGAGGACAGUGCAUUAUAUUGUAAAACUAUACAACAAGUGCGUAACAAACUAGCUAUAGGGAAAAUCGCAGCGAUUCCGCAUUUGCUGUACCAACAAUUAGUACAGAAUAAUAUUAAAAAGGUAUCAUCAAAAUCAACCCAGGCACAAGCUAAUCAAUUAUUAGCUAGAUUAGCUGAUGAUAUACCUAAUUUACAACAAAAAUUCUUGGAUUAUGAACAGGAGUGCUUAUCAUAUAGAAAACUUGCAGUGAAAACAAUGGCUUCUCAAGUUUGUUGUAAUAAUAUUAAACGGGCUAAUGUUGGUAUUCUUAGUCAAGCAAUAUCAAGUAUGCAACAAUCAGAACAACUUGCACAAUUUCCAGCAGUAAUGACAACUAAAAACAACUCAGAAGUUUUUACAAAUUUAACUGGGGUACAAAUGUAAAAGGGUGUCCGGAACAGAGGUGCCUUUGUAAUUUUAAAAAUUGAUAAAAUAAUUAGCGAAGAUUCAAUUUACAGGGUGUCCGGAAAUGGUGCGACCAACACUUAACGAGGCAACUCUACAGCAAACGUGAGUGUGACAAAUUCCUAUAAUAGGUUUGCGAAAACCCAAUAAUACCGGAUCUACCGGGCGAGAAAGUUAGCUUUUAAAAAAGAUUUUUUUAAAUAUAUUUUUUUUGAUAGUCAUCCGAUGGUUUUAAAAUUUGGCACACUUAUUAUGCAUGAUAAUUUGCAUUAUUAAACGAAUGAAGGUGAAUAGCACACAGGCUUCUCCACAAUAAAUUUAUCGGACCCCCAAUUUAAGAGGACACGCUCGUCAUGUUUAGGGCACAUCAGUAAGUACCAAUCAUCAGGAGCUAGAAGUGGUACAAAUCUACUUAAGCAGAACUUAAACCAAGAUAAAGAUACCUUAAGUUGUAAGAAGUGGUUGUCUUUUUAUAGAAGGGAGACUGUGAAACCCAAAUUAAAUUUAUAUAAGGGGAGAAUCAAUAGUAUGAUUUUCGUUGCUGCAGAUUUGCCUCGUGGUGGUCGCACCUGGUUUUAAAGUUGAAAUAGUAUACGUAGGUCCUUAUUUAUAAACGAUGCUCAAGCCUGAGUCGAGUCUCAAGUGACUUGGCUUCGAUUGCGUUUUAUAAACUAUUAUCGUUCUCAAGCCAGUGUUCACAGUUUUGCUUGCUGAAGUAUCGGUCGACGGUGGCUUGAGUAUUGCUUCUGCCCAGCCAUUGGUCGAGAUUUUUCGUCGAACCGUCAAACGGGUUUUAAGGUUAUAUUACUGUUUAUGUUAUGUUUUUACAUUUUAAUUUUUUUUAUUUUACUAUCGUAUACAAUAUAAGAAUGGACAGUAUAAGGAAGUCAACGUGUUAGUAAAAUAUAUAUACGAGAUGGAAAAAAUCCUUUUGAGUUUUCUCGGAUGUAGAAUUUCGGAAAAGGUUUCGGUUUUCAACGGCCACUAUUAUUGAGUUGAUCAAUCGAAAUAAAGUUUAAACGAACCAUUAUUGAAAGCGGAUAAUCGUGGAUUAGCAAUAUCAAAUAUCACCCAUUACUCAAUUGCUGGUAUGUUUAAGAUUAUAUACAAGUAGUUUUCUAUUCUAGAGAUUAUAUGCAACAAGGAGCAAAGUUUCUAUAAUUACAUGUCUAUUUUCGUACAUAAAGUGUAUAUUAUAUUGUAGCUUGUGUCCGGUGAUCUUCGUUAUAUAAGUCAGGCUUUCAGCGAUUCAGAAGACAUAUUUACAUAAUAACAUUGACGACAUCUUAGAUUCGCCAAGUUCGCCAACAGUCCCAAUAUAAAAUUACCAAAUAAAUACGAAAGUCUUUAAAUUGCUAUACUCGACCAAUAUUUCACCGAGAAUUCACGAAGUACUGUUGAUAAAUAGUCUCUCUCGGUUAAGAACGAUCUCAAACUUGGCGAAGCAUGAGCUGAGUAUCGGCUUGAGCAUCGUUUAUAAGUACGGGUCGUAGUGGUCCAGCUUGUAGUCAGUUGUUUCACUACAGUUUUUACAAAAGAUGUACUAUUCUCAUUUUAUCUAAAUAUUGGUUCUGGUCUAGUAGUAGUAGUAGUAGUAGUAGUAGUAGAAGUAGUAGUAGUAUUGUGGGGGGACAGGAUUGGUCCGGCGAAAUGCCCCAAGGAUGCAUCUCCUAGUAGACGACCAGCAAUGGCAGACUCCUAAUACGCGAUAUGAUGUUUCCUCCGCUAUUACACAUUGUGGACACACGGUGCUUUCAACAAUUCCUAGUAGGUAUAGGUAUGUGUUCAUGCUACAGUGGCCUGUCAUGACCCCAACCAGAGUUCUCAGGGGCCAACGCCUCCUUGACAUAAAAAAUUUGGAUGUUGGCUUGGCGUCACUUGUGGUUCCCCUUGGGCUGUGUCCACCUCUCUGUGAUGGCUCUAAAACCCCACUCAUUAAGAGCGCUUGCUACCUGUUAUCUACACCAGGUUUUCUUGUUUUUGUUCUGCCACGUCCCAAUCACUCCCUCUAAUCCUUCUGUAACUUCCCUAUCUGGGGCAACCUCGAGGAUUGCAUGUGAUUCCGCCGGAAACACUAUCCUCCAGCUUUCCAGCUAAAAGUGUGCUCCCCUGUUGGUGUCUUGCCAAUACACGCAUAUACCAGACUAUUCUGUAAUGGACGCCCCUGGGUCGUCGGUGUACCAACAUUGCACCUCCUUUCGGGCAGCCACUGUAAUAUUUUGCCAACUUUCUUUUGUUGGGAUUUCCACCUUAAACUUCCAUUCAAACCGAAGCCCGCUAUCAUGUGAGACCACCUUUGCACAUAGGAUUGGAAGAUUCCGACACAUGGCGCUCACUAGUUUUGUAUGUCCCUGGCGUGGGUGGUUCUCAUUCCUUGUAGAGCUGCAUUGUAUCCUCGCGAGUUCUGGUCUCAAGAAGCUUAAUAAAAUUUGUCAAGUCAAACUUAAUCCAGAAAGCUAUUAUAUGAUAAGCUUACAGAUAAGGAUUUUCCAGUAGUAUUUCUUGCAACUGAUGGCGAGUAUCGAAUAGUAGCGAAAAGGAAUGAAACUCAUGGUUUAAUUCAACACCCAUAUAAACCCAACACUGAGUUAUACUCUAAGCAGCAGCUUGGAAUGGCCAAGUUAUUAUUUUAUAUGUUGCGUCAAAGUUUAACAUAACUUGGUUUAUACCAAUAGCAUUUUAGAAAUAUUGUCACAUUUUAUGUUAAAUAUUCUGACUUUUAUUUAUAUCACAAUUACUUGCUUUAAUAAUUUCUCUACUAUUUCAAAUUGUCAUGGAUAAGGUACUCGCUUAUCAAACCUAUAGCUCCUUAGAUGUGCUGAUUUUGGGCUUAGUAAUUACUAGUAUUUUUGAGGUAUUCUUUAAGGCAUUACGAGAAUAUCAAUAUAUCCAUAUAUAGGCACGUAUAGAUAUUGUACUCGUCAUUAAAUUGGUAAAACAUUUACUUCCUUUACCUUUACUCUAUUUUAAGAACCGGCAAGUUGAUGCAUUAGUAGCACGUGCACGUCAACUAGAUAGUAUUAGAGAGUUUCUCAGUGGUUCUCUAUUGACUUUGCUCAUUGAUAUUAGCUUUAUGAGCAUAUUUUUUUUAGUAAAAUUUAUUUUAUUGCCUAAAUUAACUAUCAUAGUAGUAGUUUCCAUUCCUUUUUAUGUAAUUAUGGCUUGGCGUGUUACUAAUCCAUUACAAGCUAGGUUUGAAACGCAAUGUCAGUAAAAUGAUGUUAAUACUGCUUUUCUAACAGAGAGCAUUGCUGGAGCUGAAGCAGUAAAAAGCCUAGAAAUAGAGUCACGCUUAGCAAGACGCUGAGUAAUUCCAACUAGAGAUUUAGUUGAUGCUAGCUAUCGUACUCAAAUACUUGUAACUAGCAUCCUCAUUGUAUGGUAUGGUGCUGAGUCUGUUAUUUACCUUAAUUAUCUGAAUGAACCUGAAAUUACUCUUCGUCAAUCAAUCGCAUUUAAUAUGUCCACUUCAGCAUUUUUCUGGGCAUUUAGCUAAAUUAGUUGAGAAAUGGGGACAAUUUGGGCAGGCACAAAUAGCAGGGGAAUUAAGAUUAUCAAUUGAACAAGAAGCAUUAGGUAUACCAUAACAAUAAGGCGCAUAAAAACAAGCUGCUGUAGUCAUCGAGAAAAAACUGGAAAAGUUGAGAAGCAGCGCUAUACAGGAUUCUGCUGACACCAAAGACACAAUGAAUAAAAAGUAUUCAGCAGACAACGCACUUAAACGCCUUAGAGAACAGUCAGAUAGUUUCGAAACACUUACGAUUAUGCAAAAACCGACAGUUUAAGUCAGGUAUCUGCUGCUAAUGAGAAAAGCAAGUCCAAGAUGGAGGUAAAUUUGUUCAGGAGGAGUUUGAAUUUAGACAGUCUAUCUGAACCGUUAAAGUUUUUCAAAACAUUAGCGAUGAAAUAAGUCAGGAAGUUAAAUCGGUUAGAAGAAAUUUGAAGCUAGAUCUAAACCGACAACCGUGCGACAAAGUGGGUCGGCUUCAGAACAGCCAGCAGGCCCAAGUAGGAAGGCUUAAAUGAUUUGCAAAAUAGUAAUGAAAAUCGAAAUUCCUUGACAACUACCGAUGAUGGCUCGACCUUUCUCUCUCCUACUAAUGAUUAUAUGACUUCGGUUAUUGAUAGAAUCAGAAGAAAAAGCUUCUACACUAGAUUCAACGAAAAGAACCGCGCCGACCCAGCUUUGCAAACACUUACAAAGGCCUUAAUCUGCAUGGAAGAGAUCAUAGGAGAGAGUAUUCAAAUCCUGAGUGUAGCUCGUUUUAUUGGAGACAUACCGAAGCCCAAGCGCUCCUAGCAGAACCAGUUUUUCAUCGUAUAUUUCCUAACAUAAUCCAGCACCCAGAUGGUUGCAGUGCCUCUGUCCUAAAUGAUUACUGGAAAGUUCCAGGCGGUCAGCAAAACUUGACUCAAUUUUCUCAGAAUGUUCCGGGAUCGCAUUAGAGUUUAACAAGUCAUUCGUACCGAAAUAUUCCCGGCUCCUAUCAAACGAACAGUAGCAGAAUUGCAAGACUCAGUACAAUUGCCAAAAGUUUAUAUGCUGGAUCUGAUAAUAACUUAGAUUAAACAUGUUCUACCUCAAUUCCUAGGCGUCCGUAUAUUCGCCGCCAAAGACUAGACAGAGGCUCGGUUUUAUCACACUAUUCUACAGACAGGCCGUCUUCAAUUAUCCAGUCUUCUACCGCUUCCGAACCUAUUUAGGCUAUUGCUAUUUUUACACCUUAUUACUUUAAAGUUACGGUUUUAAUGGCGCUGACGUUCUUUAAUGUUAUCUUCCUAAUUACCAUUCUUCCAUGAUUUCUCUUCAAAGAUGCUGCAAAACUCUAGUUUAUUUGUUAUCUUUAAUCACCAUGUUGUAUGAACAUACUAUAACUAAGUUCCUUAUUUAAUAUGUUUAAUUUAACACGAACUAUAGUAUUUUCAAUACAGUGUUUAAUAUUUGCUGAAUUGAGGUCUUACGUUUGAAAAUGUAUGAAGAGUGUAUGUUUGAUCUAUCUCAUAGUAUGCACAUAAUCGAAAUGCGUACGCGUAGUUUGUUAAUGAACUUUAUAUUCUAAAUAUUUAUUAUUCCCUAAAGAUUCUAUUUUAAACGAUCACACAAUAUAUAAGCAAGUUCUAAAAUCUCCUAUAAUCAAAAUUUUUAAUAAUGAUAAUUUUACUCAAUGAGAAUUAGAGGCAGACUAUUAAUGCACUUGUAAUUUAAUUUACUUAAUACUAUAUAUUUACUUAUCGUACUGAUGUACGUUACAAUUUAUCGACUUUGGACUGAUCGUCAAACAUAGACAUUUCAGAUUAGUGAUAGUUUUAAGUUUAAUGGUGUCAAAUGGCGCUACAGUUUAUUUUUAUUGGUAUUUAUCUUCGGCCCUAUUUCGUAUUAGAUUUAAUCUACAUUAUACCCACUUUAUUUUCGGGGCCUGUGAGUGUAUGCAACUUUCACUGAGACCCAGAAUUACUUUUUAAUUCCUUUUGAUAAAGAUUUAAUCACAAGUUAAAAAUUAUGCGUUUUUAUAGACUUGAUUAAAUUUGAUUUAGAAAUUGUUUCUCGAAUGUUACCUUCAACUCAUGAUUUAACGUACAUGUAAUUUAGACGAAAUAGUAUAUUCUUUCCUUUCCUUUCCCGGAAUUUUUCAUAUCAUUAGUUUGGAUUGUCCAUAAAGCUUUAAGUAAGUCGAACAACUCAAUUCAACGAUCGACAAUUUCGGCUCCUAAUUUUUGAUAACGAAAUUUUGUUAAGUCUUAAUAUAUUUAUUGACAAAUGCUGUUAGACUAUUGUUGCAAUGUACAUGCAAAUGUAAUUAAAACACUUUCUUGCUGUGUGAACUUAUUAUGUAGAGUAUGUUAACGUUUGUGAUUUUAUAAAAGUAAUGAAUUAUAUUAUCAUAGAAAAUA